AUACAUAGACAGAGAGAAAUAUCAUGGAAGCAAAGGCAAAAACUUUAGGGGGUUCCCUCUUGGUGCCUAGUGUACAAGAACUCGCCAAGGAACCGCUUGUAAAGGUACCAACCCGAUACGUUCGCCACCAUCACGGCUUUUCAGUCGCAUCUUCUGUGUCUGCAGUACCCAUCAUCGAUAUGCAACGAUUAGCGUCCAAAGAUUCAAGUGAUCAUGAAUUGGAAAAGCUACACUUUGCUUGUAAAGAUUGGGGUUUCUUCCAGAUGAUAAAUCAUGGGGUGAGUUGUUCAUUGUUGGAGAAAGUGAAGGAAGAAACACAAGAACUCUUCAAGUUGCCAAUGGCUGAGAAAAAGAAGUAUUGGCAAGAGGCUGGAGAUAUACAGGGAUUUGGACAAGCUUUUGUGGUGUCAGAGGAGCAAAAACUUGAUUGGUCUGACACUUUUUUCUUGAUUACGCUUCCUCAUCAUAUCAGGAACCCUAAUUUGUUUCCAACCCUACCUCUUCCAUUAAGAGAUACCUUGGAAGAAUACUCGAGAGAAGUUAAGAACAUAUCCUUAAAAACCCUCAACUUCAUGGCAAAAUGUUUAAGGAUGGAGGUGGAAGACAUGAAAGCUCUGUUUGAAGAAGGAAUACAAUCCGUAAGGAUGAACUAUUAUCCACCAUGCCCACAACCUGAACAGGUUAUGGGUCUGACCCCUCACUCAGAUUGUCAUGGAAUCACUUUCCUCCUCCAAAUCAAUGAUGUAGAAGGUCUCCAAAUAAAAAAAGAUGGAGCUUGGAUGCAAGUUAAACCACUACCAAAUGCGUUUAUAGUCAAUCUUGGGGACACCUUAGAGAUUGUGACAAACGGAAUAUACAAAAGUGUUGAACAUAGAGCAGUCGUGAACUCAGAGAAAGAGAGGCUUUCUAUAGCCACAUUUUUAGGCCCUAACUUGGAUGGGGAUAUGGGACCAGCACCAAGCCUAAUCACGUCAGAAACACGACCAAGAUUUACAAGAAUAAGUGUUGCAGAUUACAACAACAACUUCUUUUCAAGGGAACUUAAAGGCAAAAGUAACCUUGAGCAAUACUACAUAUGAUUCAUGGUGUUUUCUGGCCCUUAUGUGCCAUGAUGUUCGCAUUAUACUUGAAAUAAUACGUAUGCAACAUACUGUGAAAAUAUGAUUUGUCAUUCAAAUGUUGUUUAAAGAUGUGAAGCGAGGAUUUCUCUUUCCUUUGAGAGGGCAAAUAUAGAUCUACGAUGAAUCGUGAUUCGUUCUUCUUUAUGGUGUUUUUCCCUAUAUAUAUUCAGUCAUUUCCGGUUUUUGUGUC